AUGACUGAAAAUAUACCAGAAAGCACACUUAAGCUGUUAGAAAAUGAAGAUGAUUUUAAAAAUAAAGCGCCCUUGUACAUUCUGUACGAUAAGCUUAAUUCAGUCAGCAACACUUACAACAUUUCUACUUCAUGUACUAAAUUAAAUUCUAAUAAUGUUAUACAGCCGUGUCGUGUUCUGGAAGAAACAUUAAAGAAAUGGACUGAAGAUGGCACUCUUAUUAAUCACGAAACUGUCAUAGAUGAUAAUACGUACUGUACAUACAUGGUAUAUUGGUUAUAUGGUAAAAUAAUAGACAAUAAAUUUAAUAACUCCGAUAUUUAUUGGCUUUACAGUAAUGUACUAAAACUGUUAAAAAGUAAAUGCCCUAAGGAUAGAAAGUCCAAUAUAAAAAAACUAUAUAAUAUAAAUAUAUUAAAAAAUAAGAAGGAAUUAUAUGAUUUUUUAGAAUUCUAUGACACUAUAGAGGGCAUAGUUAAACAAAAGGAGUACGCACACAUAAAAGAUUAUUGCGAAUACAUAAAAUAUAUUUUUAAUUUAUUCAACAAUAUUCACCAGGAUUAUAAUUCGAUACAAUCAGGAUAUUACGAUGAAGAAAUUAAAAAAUUCGAAGAAAAAUUUAAGAAUGUGGAAGACAAAUUAUCUAUUUUAAGUAAAAGCUGUUCCGGGGAUUAUUUAUACUCAGUAUUUAAUAAAGUUAAUAAAACAUUUCAACAUUUGGAACAAGAAAAACCUAAAACAAAUGAUAAAAUAACAUUUCCGUCAUUUAAUAUCAUAAAAGAGAAAAUAAAAAAUUGCUUUAAUAAAAAUUUUUCUAAUUUGAGAAUAGACCAAUUAGCAUAUAAGAAACAAUUAUAUGAAUUUGUAGAAAAUUAUCCUAUUACAAAGGAUAAAUUGGCAGCUGCGGACACUAAUGACAAAAAUGAAUAUUGCGAUUAUAUAAAGGAAAUUUUUGAAUUAUAUAAAAAGGUAUCACAUCCAUAUACUUCUUACGGUUAUAACGAAGAAAUAAAUAGUUUUAAAAAAAUAUUUCUGAAAAACUAUCAUGAAUUCCACUUCUUAAAUGAGAAAUGUCCAGAUAGGUGUCUACAUUUAGUAUUCAAUAAUAACAAUAAGGAUUUAUGCCCCUCUGAACAAGAACAACAUAAAUAUGUUCAAGAUGUCCCUACGAGUUGUAACAGUGCAGAAAUUUCUACACCUGAUCAAAAGGAAAUACCCGAUUAUGAUUUAGAUUUUUAUAAGCAUUAUAAAGAUUUUGAUGAUACUUCUAAUUUACCUGAACAUACGAAGUUUUGCGAUAAAAUGAACCCCUUUUUGCCAAAUAAUACCAAUGAUAAUAAUUUCUGCUCUAAGAUUGUCCGGAAUUUAAUAAACUUAUCGCUAUCGCAACAAGAUGAACACGAUGAACGAUGUCUAUACUUUACAUACUGGAUAUACGACACUAUAUGGAAGCACUUUGGAAAAGGUUAUAGUAAUAAAUGCAUCUCAGAUGUGAUUCAUAUGCUUCUCAAUUUCAUGUCUAGAAUUAAUCGCGACUUAGUCAAUACGGUUUGUUACUUGGAAUACUAUUCCGAUGUUAGCUUAAAGGAAUGGAAGGAAAUGAAAUAUCUGCAUGACUAUUUUAAAGGUUAUAGUUCUUUUACGAAUGGAAAUUUUAAUGAUGAUGGGAAAAAACAGAAAUUAUGCGAUUAUAUAACUCAUGCUAAUAAACUGUAUAAAGAGCAUAUACAAAAAUGUUGCGUGUGUGUGAAUAAGCCAAAAUUUUCCUGUUAUGAUAAAUGCCCAAAUAAUUAUGAAUUCCACUUUGGUGAAUCAAUUUUUGUGUACAUCACUAUUUAA